CCGGCGCUAUUCUUGCAAGCCACGAAAGAACGAAACAGAUCUGCUGUUUUUGUUCUUCCUCCCUCCGCCGAUCGGAUCGAUGGCGUCCGCCGCCGCCGGGUCGUGGUCGAAGCGUUGGAUCCGGCCCGAGGUGUGGCCGCUCUUCUUCGCGACGGGCACGGCCGUCGGCAUCUGCGGGAUGCAGCUCAUCCGCAACAUCACCGGCAACCCCGAAGUCAGGGUUCUCAAGGAGAAGAGGGCUGCCGGCGUGCUGGAGAACCACGAGGAGGGGGAGAGGUACUCGCAGCACGGCUUCAGGAAGUUCAUCGACGGCAGGAAGCCCGAGAUCAUGGAGUCCAUCAACUCGUGGAUGGCGGACCCAAAGUAGAUCGAUCCAUCUCCGUCUCCAUAUACACCGGCCUGCAGGUCUGCUACCGGCCGACGGCUGAUUAUUUGGUCGGCCGCAACCAUUUAAUUCUUGAUUGCUAUUGUUACCGUAAUGGUCCUCUCGAUCGGUACUUUUUUUUAUCAACAUAUACAUGUAUCUUUAACAAGAACAAACAUGACAGCAUCAUGUUGACAGCCUGGCUGGCUGUUAACAGGCAUAUCAUUACAAGUUUUGAAUUCGAAUAACUU